GUCUAGAGAACACACUUCAUGGCACCGGCCGUAACUCACGAUCCGUGCGAUCUCUCAUUUAUUCGCACUGUAAUUUAUUUUAUUAUUUUACAAAAGUAUCCUCAAAAAGAGACGCAAGAUACUCACGCGCGGAGUAUGAGGGAGACAUUAAUAACAAUAAGUAACUAAUUAGUUAUAUACAUUAUCACAUGUAAACAGGGUUUCGCGCAGAUUAUGUUUAUCGCCGGAGUGAAGUCAGUCGCGUUCUGAGACCGGCGCAGAGACAUUGUGUGUGAGUCAUUGUGAAUCGUUAAAGUGAUGUGGUCGCCCAGUGAGCAGGGCACGUCUAGCUCGGAGAUGGCGGUGGUGUCGAGCAUGCCGCCCACGGAGCUGGUGGCCCGGACGACGCCCGUGGUGUCCACCAUGAACAUCACCAAGUCCUCGCGGGUACACAUCGGCCCGAAGUUCGUCUCGGUCACGCAGAACGUGGAGACCGCUGAGCUGGUAAAGGGCCGAAUACUGGGCCUAGAGUUGGUGGCGCCGAUGAAAUCUAACGGCCUCCGCUGUAGCGUCGCCGUGUUUGUUUGCUGGGCCCUCGUGGUGGCCGUCGGCCUCGGCCUCUACCUCUUCCAACUCGCCACCAAGCCCACCAGACUAGACCUAGGUCUAAAUGAAACCUGGUAUUUCCGACGUGACGAUUGGCAAGCGAUGCCUCCGUACAACACAGUCUACCUGUCCCUGCCAGUAUACAACGUUGUCAUCGGCCACACGGGCACAGGCUAUUGUAACCAGACUCGCCGCUGCAUCGAAACAAUGCUAGCAAUACAACAAGACAAUCUACGGAGAGAUUUUGACGAUAUCGUCCCUAACUUUUUAAUCGGCGGCGAAGGAACGGUCUUCGAGGGGCGAGGAGCAAACGUAGUAGGGGCAAUGGUGAAGGGAUGGAACUUAAAGAGUAUAAGCAUCAUGUUCAUGGGAGACUACAAUACAGAUAUGACAGCUGAUAUCCAGUUUGCACAUUUGAGGAUUCUGAUAGAGCAGCUGGUGAAGGAUGGCGUGCUGCACCCAGAGUACCUGGUGCACGGUCAGUGCCAGUUGUCGCCGGACACGGUGCAGCCGGGACGACACGUGUUGGACCACUUACACGAUGUGCCGCAUUGGAACCCCGCGAACACGGAACAUUGUCUUAAAUAUUUUAGGACUUCGUAAAGAAACGCAUAUUGUGAACUGAAAAUAUUAUGGGAUGUGAAAUGUUAACAGACUAUAAACUCAAAAGUCCUUGGAGCCUCUGACUAGUAUGGUGCGACUACGAUCGAAAGGGAAUGCGAUCGAGUUUACGCAGUCGCUAACUUAAAUGUCAAGUGCCAAUUCGUGGUAACCGUACUGUAUCCAUAAAGUUAUGUGACAUAAGGUAAUUGUAAAUAUUAGAAGAUAGAAGAUGACACCAUCGGCAUCAUCCCAUUGUAUAUUUUUAUUAUUCUUUGUUAUCAUAAGUUUGAUGUGGGCAUUUCAGAAUGCCGGCUUUGUCUUUAUGGUAUUAGUAGAUUAACUUAGAUUAUCUAGACUGAUAGCGAACAAAUUUCGCAGCCAAUUGAUCUCCUAAUUAAAUGUUGUGUUUAUCAGUUAAGGUCCCACUUUAUAAGAAUUAA